AUGAGUAAUGAUACUAGUUAUGACCCAAACACUGAUCCAAAUGCCCCUUACGUAGAUUACGGUGUGAAUCCAGAGUUUACACAGGACAUUGAACAUUUUCGAUUAGAAGCAACUUACGACAAAUUAAAUUUUUAUCUAAGCAUUAUAAGUAUUUCAUGUGGUUUCUUGGUAUUAUUUAUCAUGACCAUUAUGUGGCUUUAUGAUAGAAAGUUGGUCGAUCGUGUAUCAUUGAGGUUGACUGCAAUGAUUUCCUUUGUGGAUAUGUUAAAUGGUGGAACUGUGUUGGCGUACACGCUAUGGAUUCCUGUAGAUGGUACAUUAUGCACUGCUAUUGGAUUUGGAAUGAGUUUUUUCCCUCAGUUAUAUUUAUUUCUAACUGUUAUGAUUGCAUUCAAUCUACAGGUUGUUUUUCUUCACAGAAGAAAAGUUUCAAGAUUUUCAGAUAGAUGGUAUGUUCCGGUAGCGUUUCUAACAGCAUUAAUUAUAAACAUACCACCGCUAGUCUAUAAUAGAUUUGGCUUUGACAUUGAUGUCAUUGAUUGUUUAUACAGAGAAGGUUAUUCCGAGGCAACAAGAUGGUGGUCAAUUUUAACAUUUUUCAUUCCAAUAACAAUAUCAAUGAUUUAUUGUACAACGGUUUUGAUGAUUGUGGUGUGUAAAUUGAUCUUUGAACAUCGUCAAUUGGCAGAAGUCAUACAAUCUUCAAAAAGCAAUAAAACCUUAUCAGUAAAAGCCAGACACAAAAAAUUAUUAUUGUUAAAAUUGGUUAGUCGUAUUUCUCUUUAUGCGUUAAUACCUUUGCUCAAUGUAAGCGGUAUCUUGGUGGAACUUAUUUAUACUUCAGUGCACAAAAAAAAUCGAACCGAGCCUCAGGCUAUAAUUUUUUGGUCAAUUAUUGGAACAUGUUCUCCUGGAAUUUUUAAUUUUUUUGCAUUCGUAUUCGAUCCAGCUUUACAUAAUGGUUUUAGAAGGUAUAAAAGAGUUUUGGUGGAUAGUUAUGGCUUUGUGAAGCCGUUCGACGACGAUAAUAGCAAAGCAACUGUCUCUUUAAAUAGUCCACCAUUGUCACCAUCAGAAUUUAGAACUUUUAGAAAUUCAUCAUUAACAUUACCCCCAAUAACACCACUACAAAAAUCAUCAUCACCAAUCCUAAAUCUAGUUCAACUACACUGA